CCUCUACUCACAACUAAAUUACAUCUCGCCAUGGCUUCAAACUUGCAAAGCCAGCCAAAAUGGACCUCGAAACUCGUCCGCGACACUUUUCUCCAAUAUUUUCAAGGGAAAGGCCAUACAUUCGUUGCUUCGUCCCCUGUCGCGCCUUUGUCUGAUCCUACGCUGCUUUUCACAAAUGCAGGCAUGAAUCAAUUCAAGUCAAUUUUCCUGGGUACCGUGAAUCCAAAUUCAGACUUCGCACAAUUGAAGAGCGCAGUCAAUUCACAAAAGUGCAUUCGUGCAGGUGGAAAACAUAAUGACUUGGAUGAUGUUGGGAAAGAUAGCUACCAUCAUACCUUUUUUGAAAUGCUCGGUAACUGGAGCUUUGGGGACUAUUUCAAAAAGGAGGCCAUUCAAUAUUCCUGGGAAUUGCUGACACAGGUGUAUGGCUUGGAUCCCGGUCGAUUAUACGUAACUUACUUUGAGGGAAAUAAAGAAGGUGGCUUACAGCCCGAUUUGGAAGCCAAAGCGCUUUGGAAGGCCGUCGGUGUUCCAGAAGACCAUAUUUUGCCUGGAAACAUGAAGGACAAUUUCUGGGAGAUGGGCGACCAAGGUCCAUGUGGUCCUUGCAGUGAAAUCCACUAUGAUCGCAUUGGCGGGCGCAAUGCUGCUUCUCUUGUGAAUCAGGAUGAUCCAAAUGUUCUAGAGAUCUGGAACAACGUUUUCAUCCAAUAUAAUCGCGAGAACGAUGGAUCGCUGCGUUCUUUGCCAAACAAGCACGUGGACACUGGAAUGGGUUUUGAGCGUCUUGUAUCUGUGCUGCAGGACAAAUCCUCAAACUAUGACACUGACGUUUUCGGUCCCAUCUUCCAGACCAUUCAAGUUAUUACUGGAGCACGGGAAUAUCAGGGCCGAUUUGGAACUGACGAUUCGGAUGGAAUUGACACCGCCUAUCGUGUGGUCGCCGACCAUGUCCGAACCCUGAUGUUUGCGAUCUCUGAUGGCGUUGUGCCAAACAAUGAGGGCCGCGGCUAUGUUAUUCGACGUGUAUUGCGCAGGGGUGCACGUUACGCACGAAAAUACUUCAAUGUCGAAAUUGGGAGCUUCUUUUCCAAAAUCGUUCCCACUGUUGUGGAGCAGCUCGGCGACAUGUUUCCUGAGUUGAAACAAAAGCAACAGGAUGUCAUAGAGAUAUUGAACGAGGAAGAAAUAUCUUUCGCGAAAACGUUGGAUCGCGGGGAACGCCAGUUCGAACAGUAUGCUCAGCAGGCCAAGACUGCGGGUGACCACAAAUUACAUGGAGCAGAUGUUUGGAGGCUCUAUGAUACUUUCGGUUUUCCGGUCGAUUUAACGCGCAUCAUGGCUGAAGAGCGUGGUCUCGAGAUAGACGAUCGUCAGUUCGAAGAAGCACGCCACAAAGCUAAAGAAGCCAGCAAAGGCCAGAAGAAAACAACGACUGGAAGCGUUAAAUUGGACGUUCAUGAUUUGGGAAAACUUGAGAAGAUGAACGGUGUGCCAAAAACUGAUGACAGUGCCAAGUUUGAAAUAGGAAACGUCACCGCUCAGAUCAAGGCUAUAUACCACGGAAAAACCUUCCAUUCAUCUACUCAAAACUUAGAUGAUUCGGAACAAAUUGGUAUUAUCCUUGACCGCACGAACUUCUACGCCGAGCAGGGUGGGCAAGAAAAUGACACUGGACGAAUCGUUAUCGACGGACAGGCUGAGCUCGAAGUUGUCGAUGUCCAACAGUAUGCUGGUUACGUCCUACACACAGGUUAUAUGAAAUAUGGCUCCUUCAAGGUCGAUGACACGGUCAUCUGUGAGUACGAUGAGCUUCGACGGUGGCCUAUCAGGAACAACCAUACCGGAACCCACAUACUAAACUUCGCACUGAGGGGGGUCUUAGGGGACGGCAUUGAGCAGAAGGGCUCUCUGGUCUCUGCGGAAAAAUUGAGGUUUGAUUUUUCCCACAAGUCACCUGUUACGGAUGUGGAAUUGGUAAAAAUCGAGGAUUUGUCAACCCAAUAUAUCCGACGCAAUUGCUUGGUGUAUUCCAAGGAGGUCCCUCUUUCAAUAGCCCGAAAUAUUGCGGGGGUGAGAGCCGUUUUUGGCGAGACCUACCCUGACCCCGUCCGUGUUGUUUCCGUUGGUGCUGAAUUAGACGAAAUAUUGAAGAACGUCGAAGAUCCGCGUUGGGCGGACUUUAGCAUUGAGUUCUGUGGUGGAACUCAUGUGCAAAAGACAGGAGACAUCAAGGAUCUGGUCAUAUUGGAAGAAAGUGGAAUUGCGAAAGGAAUUCGGCGAAUAAUUGCUGUUACUGGUGAAGAUGCCCACGAAGUGCAGCGCCUAGCGGAGGAAUUUGAGAAGCGACUCAACCACCUCGAGGCAAUGCCCUCGGGCUCGGCUAAAGAGCAGAAUGCGAAGCAGAUACAGGUCGAGCUGAACCAGCUGUCAAUAUCCGCUGUGCAGAAAUCAAGAUUCCGCGAACGGUUCACGCAAAUCAACAAAAAGAUCAUCGACGAGCAAAAGGCCCAACAGAAGCUCGAGUCCAAGAAGGCUGUCGAGAGUAUUACCUCGUAUUUCGCGGCCCCAGAAAAUGCCAAUAAGUCAUGGCUCAUUGCAAAGCUUCCAAUAUCGGCAAAUGCAAAGGCCGUUAGUGAAUGCUUGACUUACGUGAAAACGAAACUCGCGGACAAAAUGGUCUAUGUUCUUGCCUCUAGUCUUGAAGAUGGUCGUGUAGCUCAUGGAUGCUACGUCCCUAAAGCAAUUAGCGACCAGGGUGCGUCUGCUAGCGAAUGGUCCAGUGCCGUUUCUAGAGCGGUUGGUGGCAAGGCAGGGGGCAAAGGCCCUACGUCGAUUGGCAACGGUAUCAAUCCCGAGAAGGUUGAUGACGCGGUAGACUUGGCUUCGGAAUACCUCAGCAAGUUCAAGUUAUAGCUCUUUGGUUAUGGCUCGCGAUUUCUUCUCGCUUGAACAGAGUAGAUACUUUCUGUACUGCGCAUCAAUGAAAAGUUUUCCUCUACAUCUCUCCGCACUGGAUGAUUACAACAUCUUGGUUUGGUUUGUCCCUUGUGGUGCGGGUGUUUUCGAUCAUUCGC